CAACCGGACUGGUCUAUGACGAUCGGAUGCUACAACAUCGGCAUGAAUGGUCUUGCAGUGAACAAGAGUCCCCAGCCCGGUUACAACGGGCCUACGAAAGAUGCCACGAAGAAGGCUUGAUUUCAAGAUGCAUGCUAGUUCCGGUAAGAUGCUUCUCUUCCCGUUUCUCUUUUCUCAGUUCAUUGUGCGCCAAAAUCGUUUUCUUUCUCUCUCUCUCUCUAUCCCCACACCCGACCCUAGUCCGUGAUUUCCAGUGCGUCACAUUCCAUUCGAAGCCCAGUUCUUCUUCGAAUGGUUAA